AUGCAACCAGAGAACAUUGACUGGAAGCAACUUGGCUUUGGCUACGUUCAGACAGAGUUACGCUAUGUCGCCCACUGGAAGGAUGGCAAGUGGGAUGAGGGCAAGCUCGUUGACUCUCCAAUGCUUACAAUCCAUGAAGGCUCAACAUGCCUUCACUACGGCCAGGAGUGCUUCGAAGGCCUCAAGGCUUACCGCUGCAAGGAUGGUUCCAUCAACCUCUUCCGCCCAGACCAGAACGCCCUCCGUAUGCAGAAAUCCUGCACACGCCUCAUGAUGCCACACGUUUCUGUUGAAAUGUUCGUCGAUGCCUGCAAGAAGGUCGUCAAGGCUAACGAGAAGUGGCUCGCUCCAUACGGCACAGGCGCUUCCCUCUAUCUUAGACCAUACAUGAUCGGUGUUGGUCCAAAUCUUGGUGUUAAGCCAGCUCCAGAGUACAUCUUCUCUGUCUUCUGCUCACCAGUCGGCGCCUACUUCAAGGGCGGCCUCAAGCCAACAAACUUCAUCGUCACAUCCUAUGACCGCGCUGCUCCACAGGGCACAGGCGCUGCUAAGGUUGGUGGCAACUACGCUGCAUCCCUUCUCCCAGGCUUCGACGCUCACGACAAGAAGUUCGGCGACUGCAUCUAUCUUGAUCCAGCAACACACACAUAUAUCGAGGAAGUCGGCUCUGCAAACUUCUUCGGCAUCACAAAGGAUAACAAGUUCAUCACACCACUCUCCCCAUCCAUCCUUCCAUCCAUCACAAAGUAUUCUCUUCUCCACCUCGCUAAGGAGAGACUUGGAAUGGAAGCUAUCGAAGGAUCUAUUCGCAUCGACAGCUUAGAUCAGUUCCAGGAAGCUGGUGCUUGCGGCACAGCUGCUGUUAUCUCCCCAAUCGGUGGCAUCCAGUACGGUGAUAAGUUCCACGUCUUCUUCUCUGAGACAGAAGUCGGCCCAAUCACCAAGAAGCUCUACAACGAACUCGUUGGCAUCCAAUAUGGUGAUGUUCCAGCUCCAGAAGGCUGGAUCGUCAAGGUCUAA